AGCUUUUCGGACCCUAUGUGUGGGGAAGGUGUAGUAUCAGUGCCAGACAGCUCUCCAAUCUCCUUCUGGGAUUGCUUCCCUUCCUUCUGUCUCCUAAGCAGGUUUCCUGAAGAGAGGAGGAAGACAAGAGCCAGGGGUAUGACUUGCUCUUCAUGCCGCCAUCCUUCCCAUUUGGAGGAAUGGAGAACCCUUGUCUGACCUUCGUCACCCCCUGCCUGCUGGCAGGUGACCGCUCUUUGGCUGACGUCAUCAUCCACGAGAUCUCCCACAGCUGGUUUGGGAACCUGGUCACCAACGCCAACUGGGGGGAGUUCUGGCUCAACGAAGGCUUCACCAUGUAUGCUCAGAGGAGGAUCUCCACCAUCCUCUUCGGGGCAGCUUACACCUGCUUGGAGGCUGCGACGGGGCGGGCUCUGCUGAGGCGGCACAUGGACGUCUCCGGGGAGGAAAACCCACUCAACAAGCUGCGGGUGAAGAUUGAACCAGGCAUUGACCCCGAUGAUACCUACAACGAGACCCCCUACGAGAAAGGUUUCUGCUUUGUCUCAUACCUGGCCCAUCUGGUGGGGGAUCAGGAUCAGUUUGACAAUUUUCUCAAGGCCUAUGUGGAUGAGUUUAAAUUCCAAAGUAUCUUGGCCGAAGAUUUUCUGGAAUUCUACUUGGAAUAUUUCCCCGAGCUGAAGAAAAGGGGAGUAGAGUCCAUUCCAGGUUUUGAAUUUGAUCGAUGGCUGAACACUCCUGGUUGGCCCCCCUACCUUCCUGACCUCUCUCCUGGGGACUCACUCAUGAAGCCAGCUGAAGAGCUGGCUGAGCUGUGGAUGAGCACGGAACUGGACAUGCAGGCCAUUGAGGCAGUGGCCAUCUCAACCUGGAAGACCUACCAGCUCAUCUACUUCCUAGAUAAGCUUCUCCAGAAGUCUCCUCUCCCCCCCGGGAAUGUGAAAAAACUUGGAGAACUGUACCCUAAGAUUUCAAAUGCACGUAAUGCCGAGUUACAGCUACGAUGGGGCCAAAUCGUCCUGAAGAAUGACCACCAGGAGGACUUCUGGAAAGUGAAAGAGUUUCUGCAGAGCCAGGGGAAGCAGAAAUACACUCUGCCACUGUAUCACGCGAUGGUGAGCGGCAGCGAGGUAGCCCAGACCCUUGCCAAGGACACCUUCGCGUCUACCGCCUCCCAGCUCCACAACAACGUGGUCAACUAUGUCCAGCAGAUCCUGGAGCCCAAGGGCAGUUAGAGGCUCAUGUGUGAGGCCUCUACCUUCAGGCCUCACAGGUUUUCAAAAGAAUUGUUUGCUCCUAAAUUCCAGGAUUCUAGUCAGUGUCUUGAAGUCUCUUUUCCCUCAGGGUCAUCUGUUCUCUGGCCCUAUGUGUCUGUGACACUUUGGCCUCUGCUGUGUUGGGGACUUCUGGCCUUCAGAGUCCUGAGACCAGAAGACCUUCCAGUGCUCCCCAGGCUGCUGUUGGAGGCAGUAAGUCUUCUGUCUUCCCACCUAAGUCGCUGUGGAGAAGCCGAGAAUUUUGCUUUUUGUAAUAAAUGAUUUUAAGCAAAAAGUAGGUAA